GAGAACAUAAUCCAAAACCCAAACUUUGAGGAUGGCCUGGACAGCUGGAGUGGAAGAGGGUGCAAGGCCGUCUUACACGAGUCCAUGGAUGGAGGGAGAAUCGUGCCGCUCUCAGGGCACGUUUUUGCAGCAGCAACAGAGCGUAAAGCCACAUGGAAUGGGAUACAACAGGAGAUCUCGGGAAGAUUCCAGAGGAACCGUGUCUACCAAGUAAUAGCAGUGGUUCGAAUAAAUGGCAAAGCUGUCACGAUUGCAACAAUACAGGCGACUCUCUGGGUUUUAAACGCAAACCAACGUGAACAAUACAUAGGCAUUGCCAAGUCGGCGACAGACAAGAACUGGGUAGAGCUGAACGGUAAAUUCGUAAUCCAUGGUUCGCCAUCGCGGGUGAUACUAUACCUCGAAGGUCCACCUCCAGGAGCUGACAUUCUUCUCAACACUUUAGUGGUCAAGCAUGCGCGAAGAAUUCAUCCUUUGCCUCCACCCUUCUACGAGAAUCCGGGUUUCGGAGUCAAUAUAGUUGAAAACAGUGAAGUGAGAGAUGGGACAACUCAACCAUGGUUCACCCUUGGAAACUGUAAGUUGAGUGUUGGACAAGGCGCCCCUCGCACUCUCCCUCCAAUGGCGAGAGACACGCUCGGCCCUCACAAACCUCUUGGCGGAAACUACAUCCUCGUGACCAACAGAACACAGACUUGGAUGGGUCCGGCUCAAAUGAUAACUGAUAAACUCAAACUCUUCUUGACAUAUCAAAUCUCAGCGUGGGUUAAGAUCGGUGUUGGGGUGAGUAGUGGUAGACAGAAUGUGAAUAUCGCACUUAGCGUCGAUAACCAAUGGGUCAAUGGAGGACAGGUCGAGGUCACCGUUGGGGAGACAUGGCACGAACUCGGCGGAUCAUUUAGGCUUGAGAAGCAGCCACAAAACGUCAUGGUUUACGUUCAAGGCCCUGUAGCUGGCGUUGAUCUGAUGAUCGCGGCACUGCAGAUUUUCCCCGUGGAUCGUCGACAGCGUGUCAGAUAUCUCAGAAAACAAGCUGAUCUGGUACGUAAGCGGGACAUCGUCUUGAAAUUCUCAYGACUAGAGAGUUCCUUCGAUUUGUUUCCUUACAUAGUGAAGGUGAAGCAAACACACAACAGUUUCCCAUUAGGGACGUGCAUUAAUAGAACAGACAUAGACAAUGAAGACUUUGUAGAUUUCUUCACUAAGAACUUUAACUGGGCGGUGUUCGGGAACGAGCUGAAGUGGUACUGGACAGAACCCGAACGUGGGAAGCUCAAUUACCAAGACGCAGAUGACAUGUUGGAUUUGUGUAUCGGCAGCAACAUCACUGUAAGAGGACACUGCCUCUUGUGGGAAGUUGAGUCCACAGUCCAGCCGUGGGUUCGCCAACUCAGCAAAACCGAUCUAAUGAAUGCAGUCCAGAAGCGUCUAACGGAUCUCCUAACACGAUACAAAGGUAAAUUUAAGCACUACGACGUGAACAACGAGAUGCUUCAUGGUUCUUUCUAUCAAGACAGGCUUGGAAAAGGUGCAAGAGCAUUGAUGUUCAACAUGGCACACAAGCUUGAUCCGUCGGCAGUUUUGUUUGUGAACGAUUACCAUGUCGAGGACGGAGAGGACACACGGUCAUCCCCGGAGAAGUAUACAAAACUUGUUCUUGAUUUGGAAGCGCAGGGAGCAGCUAUUGGAGGCAUUGGGAUCCAAGGGCACAUAGAUAGUCCUGUGGGAGCCAUAAUUUGCUCUGCCCUUGAUAAGCUCUCUGUUCUCGGUCAUCCCAUCUGGUUCACAGAGCUUGACGUCUCUUCCAGCAAUGAGUACGUUCGAGGCGAGGAUCUUCAAGUUAUGUUGUGGGAAGCAUUUGCCCACCCUGCAGUCCAAGGAAUAAUGUUAUGGGGUUUCUGGGAACUAUCUAUGAGUAGGGAGAACGCGAAUCUGGUUGAGGCUGAAGGACAAAUAAACGAAGCCGGGAAAGGAUUUUUGGAGGUGAAGCAAGAAUGGUUAUCGUAUGCUUAUGGGAUUAUCAAUGAUGAUUCAGAGCUCACAUUCAGAGGCUAUCAUGGUACUUAUGCGGUCGAAGUUUGUACUCCGGGUGGGAUUGUUUUGAAAACGUUUGUGGUCGAAAAAGGAGAAACCCCACUUGUUCUCUCCAUUGAUCUCUCUUCUUUGUGA